AUGAAUUAUAAACAACUCAUCUAUUGGGAAAAAUAAGGCUAUGAUUAAUUAUGUGGUGUGCAUUGCAUAAACUCUCUAUUAUAAGGACCCUAUUUUAAUGAAGUUGAUUUAGCAACUAUUGCUUAAGAAUUAGACAGAUAGGAGAUUGAAUUAUUAGGAAAGACAGGUCAUCGUUACAAAUCAUAAAAUGUAGCAGAAGAUGGUAAUUUCUCAAUCUAGGUUUUGGCUGAAGCCUUAAAAAAAUUAGGAGAUUUAUCAAUUGAAUCUGUUGAUUCAAAACUCAACUAAAAUUAAGACUUGAGGUAUUUUAUUUUUUUAUAUAAAUUAAGUUAAGAAAGUGGAUUUAUAUGUAAUUCCUCAGCUCAUUGGUUUGCAAUAAGAAAGAUUGAGAAUAUUUGGUACAAUUUAAAUUCAACGAAUAAAAGAGGACCAGAAAUAAUUAGUGACUUUUAUCUAUCUGCAUUUUUAUUAUCAGUAAAAGAGAAUGGAUAUUAAAUAUUUGUUGUUAAAGGUGUUUAUCCUCCACCAUAAUUAGAUGUAUUUAUUAUUUAAUCUAUCUUUAUAGAAUAUCAAUUAGAAUGAUCGUUAAAAAGUGCUUACUGCCUAAUACAUUAAAUAAGUUCAUGAUAGAAGAGUCAAAAAGAAGAAUUAUAAAUUGAAUAUAGGAGGAUCAGAUGAAGUUGAAAUGGAAAAAGCAUUAAAAGAAAGUAAAGGAGAAAAAUAUGUAUUUUUAAUUUUUCAUAUUUUUUUAGGAAUCAACAGAUGAAGAAUUUGAAGAAGAGAUUCAAUAACCUCAAAAAAAAUAAUCCACUCCUAAAUUUCAAGGAUAAGGAAUUUAAUUUGAAUUUUAAUAAUCAAUUGUAAAUUAUCCAAAUUUUAACAUUGAUCCACUAGAUGCUGAAUAUAGAUCUAUUAUACUUAUGACAAUUGAAUAAGUAAUAAUAUUAUUAAUAUAUUGCUAGAAAUUUAGUAUUUAAUUAGAAGAAGGUUUAGUUAUUCUAUUUUAGUUGCCUGAUGGAAAAAGUAAGUAAUAUACUUUUAGUUAUGAUGCAACAGUUGAAGUAUUAAUAAAAUCUAUUAAAAUUAGGAUCUUUAUGAUUUUAUUUUUUAUGAAAGUAGAUAAACACCUAUGAAAUUCACUUUAGUUUGUCCAAUAUAAAAGUUAUAACUUUUGGAUGUUUCAUAAUAGCUUCUAGAUAUUGGAAUAGAUACAAUGACUUAAAUUAUUGUAAGAAAAGAAUGA